CUUAAUUCAAGCUCUAAUCAAAGGCCCAUUUGAAAUUUUCUUCUCGGUCCCUCCAACGGAAACAGAAGGUUUUCCACUGUAAAAGAUGAAAAGAGUGUAGAGAGACUCGAAAUCAAUCGGAAUCAGGAAGACAAAAAUGAGCGGAGUUUCGACGGCGGCGUACUUUGCGCGGCGAGCGGCUCAGAAGGAGAGAGUUCGAAUCCUUUACCGUCGUGCCCUUAAGGAUACUCUCAAUUGGGCUGUUCAUCGCCAUAUCUUCUACCGUGACGCUUCUGAUCUGCGUGAGAAGUUCAAUGUCAACCAAGAUGUGGAGGAUGUCGACAGAAUCGACAAACUGAUUGCUCAUGGUGAAGCAGAAUACAACAAAUGGCGGCACCCUGAUCCUUAUAUCGUUCCAUGGGCUCCUGGUGGCUCAAAGUUCUGUAGAAACCCGACUCCGCCUGCUGGGAUUGAGAUUGUGUACAACUAUGGUCUAGAAGACAACCCAUAAUAAACCUAGCUUCCAUAUUGUCACACCCAUCAAUAAAAUUGAAGCAUCCGGUGGCUAUGGUUUGGAGAUAAAUUAAACUGACUUUCAAGGUUGAAACUUUGAGGGACCAAUUGUUAUUUUCAAAGAUGUUUCGUUCCAGUAAGACAAUUCUUGUUUCAACUUGGUUUAUAUCUUUCAUCUAAAACAUUUCCGGCUGCUCUUGAGUCAUGGAUGUUCGACCAUGAAAACUUGUCAGUAAAACAACAAAAUUGUGGUCUUUUUUUCUUUUUUCAACCUUGGCUGCAAAUCGAUACUGGUCUUUGAGGAGGCUAUAUCUUGAGAAGGUUUUAAUCGAACAACAUCUCAUCUCACUCUCCCUUUACACGUCAUUGCGUCUAAAAAGGGUUUUGUUCUUCUGUCUCUGUUGUUUUGAUAAUCAGCUUUGUCUUCCUUAAUAAUUGUGGAAACGCAGCGUAUAAACACAUUCCAAAUCUGUUAGAGACACAAUUUGAAGUCUUGUACCACAUAUUGGUAAUUUUGGGUAGAUAGGAA